GGAAAUAGGUAUUUCUAACAUUUAAUGCAACAUGGAUAUUGAAUAUAUCAAAGCUGUUUCACUAUUCCGUCGAAGAUCUUAUGAAAAAUGCAUUGAAGUAUGCAAUGUCAUACUACAAAUGGGCCACGAAAAUAAUGUCCCAAUGUUUACCAAUGAUGAUGAGGACACAAAAAGCAUUAAUAGCCGGAGCAGUGGCAACAGUUCCAAAGAUCCAUCAGACAACAACAACAAAAAACAACCCACAAUGCCCACCUGGAUGAUGGAAGGAAUUUGGCAAUUAAAAAUGCGUGCCCUCACUCAGAGGAUAUUUGUCGAUGACCUGGAGGCAAACGAUGAUAUCAGUGCAGAGAAUGAGGAAGUCGAAUUUGAACGUAUUGCAACAACAGCCAGACCAGGAACCUCACUGAAGACUGCAUUUGUGCCAAGACCAGGUAGCAGUUUAAUGGUUGGUGGAAUGCGACCAUCAACGCAUUUAGGAUCACGACCAACAUCGGGCAUAGCACGUCCAGGAACAGCUUCAGCUCGUCCGGGCUCUUCGGUUGGAGGUCGUCCUUCGUCACGUUGUGGAACUGCUCGUCGUGUUCGUGUUACUUCAGCAGCCGUCUAUAGUUUAGGCGAUCUAACAUCAGUUCUCUACCAAGCAUCUCGCAUGAAUCCAACUAUUUACGCAGAUCGAAAAAACAUUAUCAAAGCUUUGUUUCAGUUUCUUUUCUAUCAUGAAGGUGAGCCGCAAAAGGCUUUAAGUCUAUGUGAGGCCGUUUGUGAUGCACAGCGACAAAAAGUCGAUUGGUGGUGGGAUCAGCAGAGAGGACGAUGUUUAGUUACUUUGAAUCAUCCAAGAAAAGCAGAAACUUAUCUUUUGCGUUCGUUGCGAAGUCUUGCUCAUCCUGACACAUUUUUGUUGCUAUCAAAAAUGUAUCAAAAAAUGGAUCAAUUAGAACAAGCUUUGCAGUUGAUUUCGAGUGCUUUGGAUAAACAUUCAUAUGACAUAGCUUUGAGGACAGAACAAGGACGAAUAUAUGAGCUAAUGAAUAAGGCUGAUGAUUCAGUGCAGGUUUAUCGAUUGAUUGUCAAAAUGAAUCCAAUUAAUGUUGAAGCAUUGGCAAGUAUUGCUGUUAAUUAUUUUUAUGACAAUAAUCCAGAAAUGGCACUGAUGUAUUACAGACGAAUUCUAUCGAUGGGUGCUCACAAUGCAGAACUUUAUUGUAACAUAGCUUUGUGCUGUUUAUAUGGUGGCCAGAUUGAUUUGGUGUUGCCGUGUUUCCAAAGGGCUUUAACGUUAGCUACAACAUCCGACCAACGAUCCGAUAUAUGGUAUAACUUGAGCUUUGUUGCCGUUACUACUGGAGAUUUCAAUCUUGCUCGACGUUGUUUAAGGCUCUGUCUGACUUCAGAUGCAACAAAUGGUGCUGCAUUAAAUAACUUGGCUGUUUUAUCAGCUCAUAGUGGUGAUUUGGCAAAAGCUAAAUCCUAUCUAGCAGCUGCCAAAGAAGUACUUGGAGAUUCGUUGGAAAUUGAAAGUAAUUUAAAGUAUAUGGAGAAAAAUUAUAAGCUUUAAAUUGUGAAAGUAAAAAAGCUGUAAACAAUCUUUGUUGAUUUGUUAAAAUAUGUUGUUUAAUUUAAAACAAGCCAUAAAUAAAUGUUUUUUAAAAGAA